AUGUGUGACGGGUCAAAUGAAACUUGCCUGAAACCAGCUUUAUCAGCUGAUAAUUCAAAAUAUUGUAAUAUACGGCCGUGUUGUUCAAGACAAGAUCCAUGUCGUUGCGUACAGUCUUGCUGCUAUAAACAACCGCCACGCGUACAAAGUUUUAAACCAAUAAGCAAUUACAGUAGACCUACAGAAAAAAUGGAAUGUUGUACAAUAUACAAUAGAUCAUAUUUUCCAAUUAGGGAUGAUAUUUGCCGCGCAAAACCUAUUUAUCCAUCAAAUAAUUUAUGCUCAUCAAGUGGUCUUCACGACAUGAAUACAAUACAAAAAAUGUCAUACCAAACUUAUUCUAAUAUACCCCGUGCACAGCCAAUUUUACCAGCGCCGAAUUCUUUAUCAAUUCGAGAAGGACCACAAUUUAUGAUAACAACACAGAAACAUGAUUAUGUAGCUAAAUCAGUACCAAAAGCUCAACCAAUAUUACCAUGCCAUAAUAUUAAUAGAACAUGUGCUGCACCUUUAGAAAAAUUAACAAUAAACAAAUUAUCAUUUAUGCCAAUAGAUAUAAAUAAGUUCCCUAGACCUAAACCAAUUAUACCCAUAUCAAAUUGUAAACGACCUGCAGGCCCAAUAGAAAAUAUGACAAUACAAAAAUUAAGUUACAUGCCAGUUUCGAUACCACAAAAACAAGAUUUACCAUGGAAAAAUCCUCCACGUAUCGUACCACCAUCAUAUCCAUAUAAUCAAGGUACAACAUAUAGCCUUAGUUAUAUGCCAAAUUGUAAUAUUAAAAAACCGCAACCAUGUUUACCAAAUGAAUGUGCUCAAUUAUUCGGAACUGAAAUACCAAAACCUUGCACAGUUUAUAAUUUAAGUUUUAUGAAUAAUAAAUCAACGAGAACUCAAGCUAUAAAACCUGUAUCCAACUUGGUAACACCACAAGGACCUUUUGAAAGUUGUACUGUUUAUAAGUUAUCUUAUUUACCAAAUGGUUCCAAGCGAACUUUACCAAUUUUACCAAUAAAUAAUCAAAUCAAGAGUAAUGAAUUAAUGUCAAAAAUAACAACACAGAAGCAUGAUUUCACGGCUAAACCAUAUAGCAAGCCAUCUCCCAUUAUCAAGAGUCAAAACAUUCCCCGUUUGGCUGGUAAAACCGAACAGUAUACCAUCAAUCGUUUAUCAUAUAUGCCAUUUGAUGUUUCGAAAUUUCACCGGCCUAAACCUUUGAAACCAGUAGAAAAUCCCAAAUGCCUACCACCACUUUCAAUGCUUACGACAUAUAAACUAUCUUAUAUGCCACAACAAAUUACCACGAAAGAAACAUUUCCUUGGCAAGAAAAACCAAAGUAUAAUAAACCUACUUUGCCAUUAGAGUGUCUUACUAUACAAAAACUUAGUUACUUGCCUCCAGGGAGUUUUAAUGGCAAUUGCAGUUGUUCUUGUGAGCUUAAAAAUGCAACCCCAAAUUUUGCAAGAGCAGAAAUAUGUUAA